AAUUUUGUGGCAAAAGGCAUUUGCUGGGAUUCGGAUUACAAUGCUUCUCUGAUCAUCUCUUUUUUCUCCUUCACUUUAUCUCUUCUGGCACUCCUUUUAGGCAUGCCCGAAACUCAACAAUUACAACCUCACAUCAUGGUAGCUAACGGAGCAAAUUCAAGUCUCGGGCCAGUCAGCGAGAGAACGGUUUUGCGACCUCAUCAGAUCAGGUGGCUCCGGAUAGUCCUCUACAUAAUAUUUGGCAACUGUGGCCAAGUAUCAGCUACACUGCUUACAAGACUUUACUAUGCGAAAGGUGGAACUAGCAAAUGGGUGGGAACACUUGUUCAGGUUGUAGGUUUCCCUAUUCUCCUUCCCUACUACUUCAUUUCACAACGCAAGGGUAUCACGCCGACCGGUACUGCUGAUGUCGAAACAAAACCAUCAUCACUUCUAUUGCUGUUUUGUGUCUAUAUAUACCUUGGACUACUUAUGGCAGGAAAUGGGUAUCUGUUUUCAGUUGGCUUAGAAUACCUCCCUGUAUCUACAGUGGCGUUGAUUUCAGCAUCCCAGUUGGCCUUUAACGCUUUCUUCUCUUAUUUCCUCAAUUCACAGAAGCUCACUCCUUUCAUCAUCAAUUCUCUAGUUCUUCUCACCAUUUCCUCCAUUCUCUUGGUAGCAAAUAAUAACUAUGAAAGGCCUCCUGGAGUCUCUGAUGGAAAGUAUGUAAUUGGCUUCAUAUGCACCAUUUUUGGAACUGCAACAAAUGGCUUGUCACUUGCUUCCCAACAACUGGCCUUUCGGAAGGUUCUAAAGAAGCAGUCACUUAAAGUUGUCAUGGAUCUUGUAAUCUACGAAUCACUUGUUGCAUCCAUUGCUACAUCGAUAGGAUUCCUCGCAUCCGGAGAGUGGAAAGGUGUUAAGAGAGAAAUGGAGGGGUAUGCGCUGGGGAAUACUUCCUAUGUCAUGAUCCUGGUUUGGACUGCUGUUGCUUGGCAGGUCGCCAUUUUUUGUGGUGUAGCAUUGGUGUUUGAGUUGUCUGCUCUCUUUGCCAAUGUCAUAGCUGCAGUGGGAUUGCCGAUUGCUCCAAUAACAGCCAUGCUUUUUUUCCAUGACAAAAUGAGUGUCAUAAAGGGAAUAGCCAUGGUGUUGGCUGUUUGGGGCUUCCUUUCCUAUGUGUAUCAGCAGUACCUUGACGAUCGUGAUUUGAAUGCUGAAACUAAAAAUGGGAGUGAAAUUUCUGAGACUUGACGCUCAAUCAGGGUAGCUUCUGUAUCAAGAAAAUCAAGGCCAGUUUCAGUCUCUAUAUAAUCUUCUGUUUGGUAAUCUUUACAUAAUCUGUAUAUAAUAUAGCAUAUUAUCUUUGAUUGAGAGGCCUUCAGGGGUUUCCAAGCAAUCAUUAAAGAAAGCUAUAAUUAUUCUAGAUUGGGAAUUGGUAUAAAGUGAUUGUGGUGGAAUGAAUUUGCUA